CUUCCCCCUUCCCCUCAAAGUCUCUCUCUCUCUCUCUCUCUCUCUCUCUCUCGUUUGCUAUUUCGAUUCUAUCUCCUCUUUUUUCUCGUCCGUUCUCUUUCUGUCUCUCCUUCAAUCUUCAUCACCGCAUUCUUCUUCUUAAAGCCACAACUCUUCCACUCCUACCCACCACGGUCUCGAAGGGAACAGACAGUUCUUUGUUCCCCCAAGGGUCAGCUUCUUUGACCUUCAAGUCCCCCUUUUUGUUUUCUACACAAAUCCUUCCGUUAUUUUUAGAGAGGGAGAGGGAGUACUGUGUGGUAUUGGGAAAACCGAGAUUUGGUUAAGUUGGGCGUGACAAUCUUAGUUUAGUGUGUUUGAAAACUCAUUAACUACUAGCCACAGUCAAUUAGCACGCAAGAGCAAAAAGGCUAAGGACUGUUUGAAGGGUCAGUCAUUUCUUUCCCUUUUUCUUACUUGUAAUAAUCCAGUCAAUUAGGGUUUUUGUCUCAGACACCGCCAGAGAAUCUAUUAAAAUUUUCAACCACAACAACCCACAAAGAGUCAAAACCCCCCACACAGAACACCACACCCAGAAACCACCUCUUACCUCUUCAGAGUCAAAGAGGAGAGAGAAAGAGAUGGAGGGUGUGUAGUCUAGGGUUUAUUUGGAGAGUGAGAUAUAUUUAUAUGGUAGUCGGACAAAAGCUUCCGGCAAGACAUAGAUGCACGAAAACUCUCGGCUAAUCUUCUCAGAUUGAAAUUAAGACAAGAGAGACAGGUAUUUAGCUAGAACAAGAGUCCUAAAUUCUAGGGAUUUGGAAGGCGAAAAAAAUGUUUCAGCCAAGCAUGUUCGAGAAUCACAUCCUAGAUCAUAUGACGACGAGCAGUACCCACAAAACCUCGGAUAGUACUGGCCGACUGCUGGACGAUGACUUCGAGACCAAAUCUGGCACCGAAACGACUAUGGACGCUCCUUCCGGUGACGAGCAAGAUCCCAACGCCACCGGCCCGCGCCCCAAAAGAAAACGUUACCAUCGUCACACCCAGCGCCAAAUUCAGGAGAUGGAAGCAUUCUUCAAGGACUGUCCUCACCCAGAUGACAAGCAAAGGAAGGAGCUGAGUCGUGAACUAGGGUUAGAGCCUUUGCAAGUCAAAUUCUGGUUCCAAAACAAGCGCACCCAAAUGAAGGCACAACAUGAACGCCAUGAGAAUUCAAUUUUGAAAUCUGAGAACGACAAGCUUCGUGCCGAGAACAAUAGGUACAAGGAAGCCCUUGCCAAUGCCACAUGCCCCAACUGUGGAGGACCAGCUGCGAUUGGGGAGAUGUCAUUUGAUGAGCAACAUUUGAGGAUUGAAAAUGCUCGUUUACAUGAAGAGAUUGAUAAGAUAUCUUCGAUUGCUGCCAAAUAUGUUGGGAAGCCUUUGACGAGCUCAUUUUCCUCUCACAUGUCAUCUCAUGUGCCUUCCGGCCGCUCCAUUGAUCUUGGGGUUGGCAGUUUUGGUACUCAGCCAGGCUUCGUAGGAGAAAUGUAUGGAUCAUCUAGUGAUCUUCUCAGGUCGGUUUCAGUGCCCACUGAGGCAGAUAAGCCGAUGAUCGUUGAGCUUGCCGUUGCAGCCAUGGAAGAACUAAUUAGAAUGGCCGAGGCUGGAGACCCUUUAUGGGUUCCUGGUGACCAUAACUCAAUUCACCAAGAGAUUUUAAACGAAGACGAGUACUUGAGGACAUUUCCGAGGGGGAUUGGCCCUAAACCAUUGGGCUUAAAGUCUGAGGCUUCAAGAGAAACAGCAUUGGUCAUCAUGAAUCAUGUUAACCUUGUUGAGAUUCUCAUGGAUGUGAAUCAAUGGUCUACCGUCUUUUGUGGUAUUGUCUCAAGAGCAAUGACCCUUGAUAUCCUAUCAACUGGAGUAGCUGGAAACUACAAUGGAGCCUUGCAAGUAAUGACUGCUGAAUUUCAAGUACCCUCACCACUCGUUCCAACCCGUGAGAAUUACUUUGUAAGGUACUGUAAGCAGAAUGUUGAUGGAACUUGGGCAGUCGUUGAUGUUUCUUUGGACAACCUACGCCCAAGUCCAGUUUCAAGAAGUCGAAGAAGGCCAUCCGGCUGCUUAAUACAAGAAUUGCAAAAUGGCUACUCCAAGGUUAUAUGGGUGGAACAUGUUGAAGCGGAUGAUAGUGCUGUUCACAACAUAUACAGACCACUAGUCAAUUCUGGUCUUGCCUUUGGAGCUAAGCGCUGGGUGGCUACACUUGAUAGACAGUGCCAACGUCUUGCGAGUUCCAUGGCCAGUAACAUUCCUGCUGGAGAUCUUUGUGUGAUAACUAGUACUGAAGGGAGGAAAAGUAUGUUGAAGCUGGCACAAAGAAUGGUGAUGAGUUUCUGUACCGGUGUUGGUGCUUCUACUGCACAUGCAUGGACUACAUUAUCAGCAACGGGUUCAGAUGAUGUAAGGGUCAUGACCCGAAAAAGUAUGGACGAUCCUGGCAGGCCUCCUGGGAUUGUUCUAAGUGCUGCAACUUCCUUCUGGAUUCCUGUUCCUCCCAAGAGAGUUUUCAAUUUCCUGCGGGAUGAAAACUCUCGUAGUGAGUGGGAUAUACUUUCAAAUGGUGGGCUAGUUCAAGAGAUGGCACACAUAGCUAAUGGUCGUGAUCCAGGCAACUGUGUCUCCCUACUUCGCGUAAAUAGUGCAAAUUCAAGCCAAAGCAAUAUGCUGAUACUUCAGGAAAGCUGCACUGAUUCAACCGGGUCAUAUGUGAUUUAUGCACCAGUUGAUAUCGUGGCCAUGAAUGUCGUGUUAAGUGGUGGAGACCCAGAUUAUGUAGCACUUCUGCCCUCAGGUUUUGCCAUCCUUCCAGAUGGACCUGCUGGGUCCGCAGGAGGAGGAGCCCUUGAUGUUGGCUCUGGUGGGUCUCUACUCACCGUAGCAUUUCAGAUCUUGGUUGAUUCAAUUCCUACUGCCAAACUAUCUCUGGGAUCUGUGGCUACUGUUAACAAUCUAAUUAAGUGCACGGUUGAGCGUAUUAGAGCCGCGGUUACAUGUGAACAAAAUCCAUGACAACUAAAAAGCCUAAAUACAUGUUGGAAAGAGGUAGAGGAAGAAAGCAAGAAUGGUGGGUUUACUUCGAAAUUGAGGGUUACAAAGGGGAAAAAAGUCAAGAGCGCACCUUAUAAUAUCCUUAUCUUGUGGUGUUUUGGUGAUAUUUAGGAAACCCUAAAGCAAAUCACCACCCCACAAGGGUAGUGGGUUCGGGUAUUGACUUCCCCUAAACAAAGAGGAAACUAUGCUCAAGACUUUGUUAAUUGUUAGCUAUCUAUGAAAAGUUUGGAAUAACUCUGUUCACCUUUAAUUACUGUUUGGGUCUAGGGAUUAGGGAUAGGGUUAUUAGGGCUAGGGUUCACCGCAGGGUGGUUUAUGCCUGUCUAAGCUUCUUUUCCCUACUCUUGUUUAUGUUUAAGAGAGGCGUUUAGUUGGAGUACUUUUGAGAUCACAUUAACAAUGCUUCCAGUUUCAACUGUUUGUAGCUUUCAAAGUAAUUUUUGUUUAUUUGGUAA